AUGAUGGCCAUGGUGAAUAAAGUGCUCGACUGGAUUCGCAGUCUUUUCUGGAAGGAGGAGAUGGAACUGACUCUAGUCGGUCUUCAGAAUUCUGGAAAGACCACUUUCGUCAAUGUGAUUGCUGUAUGUUUUUAAAAGCUAGAAGAAUACUGAAAGAUUACUAAAAUGUUUUGCAGAGCGGCCAAUUCACCGAGGAUAUGAUUCCUACUGUCGGCUUCAACAUGAGAAAGAUUACGAAAGGUAACGUUACUAUCAAGUUGUGGGAUAUCGGAGGCCAACCUCGUUUCCGUUCGAUGUGGGAGAGAUAUUGUCGCGGUGUGAACGCCAUUGUCUUCAUGGUCGAUGCGGCCGACGAGGAGAAGCUGGAGCCGUCUCGUAACGAGCUGAUGCAGCUUCUCGACAAGCCGCAGCUCGAUGCAAUCCCGGUGUUGGUGCUGGGAAAUAAGAAGGACUUGCCAGGAGCGUUGGACGAAAGACAGCUUAUCGAGAGAAUGAACCUUUCCUCGAUCCAAAACCGCGAGAUCUGCUGCUACUCAAUUUCAUGCAAAGAAAAAGAGAAUAUUGGUAGGGCUUUGUUUCUUUCUAGCAAUUUAUUUAUGAUUUGCAGACAUUACUCUUCAAUGGCUUAUCGAUCACUCGAAGUCUCAGCGCUAA